AUGUCAAUAUUACUGAUAAAGAUGAAAAAAAAAUACUUGAGAAAGAUUCAAAGCAUGUUGAAUGUGGAGAAUCAGUUGGAGAACCUAAAUUGAAAGAUAAUCAUAGAUUAAUAUUUGAUCAGAGAAAAUUAAUUAAGAGCAGAGAUAUAAUAUCUGAUAUAUAUUAUGAUGAAGUUAGAGCUAAAAUAUGA